CCAAACAGCAAAACAGGGGCGGUCGAGGGAGGGAGCAGGGAGUGAGGAGGUGGGCCAGUUAGAUAUACGAUGGGAUUUGUAGUUCAAAUAUCGCCGCGUUUCAACUCUCCGUGUGCAUUUCCUCUCGUUAAAAACUACAUUACCCGCGACUGCGAUGAAGAGCAGCUUGUACUGAGCAACUCGCAGCGUUUAGGGAUUGUAGUUUAUUUUGUCCACUAGAACCCCCCAAAUCGCCUUUGUACCAACUGAAAAGAACUACACUUUCCAAGCUGCCAAGCGACGUUGUUAUAGUCACCGUUUUACUCGAUGCGAAAAAACACAUCGGUGCCUUUGAGAUGUUGUUAAACUCCACGAUAGAUACACACUUCUAAUAAAAAACAAGCACGUUUUGGCCGUUUUUGUAAUGUUUUAGCUCCAUGGAGGUAAUCGAGACAAUUGUGAUUCAAAGUACUGAAGUGGAAGGGAAGGAAACAGUCGAGUCUGGUGUGGUGGACGCCGAUAAAACUAAAGCAGAAUUUAUUUGGACUCUGCAGGCAACAUGGCACCUUGUCAACACCAGACUGGAAAUGGACCAGGCUUUUGACCAGCCAGUGUGCAAGAAAAAGAAACUUUGGGAGAUGGUGGCAGAGAAAGUGAACGCCAAACUGAGGGAGUCAGAGGUCACAGACGUCACAGUGAAGGCGUACGAGUGUGACCUUAAGUGGAGGAACAUGUUGGCCACGUACAGGAAGAACGCAGAGAGGGCCAAGAGGCUGGGGGCGACCAGCGUCCACUGGGAGUUCUUCAAGGCCAUGCACGAGGUCCUGGGUAAGAGCCAGGAGGAGAUCGAAGCCCAGCGGAGAGCCAAGCUCAGUGGGACGAAAGUGGGCAAGGCCAUAGCAAGCAAGAGGUUCACUCCUAUCCUCCCUACACCUCCUGCUACAGCUGCUCCCUGCACCGCCCGGCCUCCCCAGGACGUCCUACAGCUGUACAUGGAGCUGCAGGAGAGGAAGAUGAACAUGUGGGCCCAGCAAAAAGCUCUAGAGGAGAGGAAGAUAGAGGCUAUUAACAACCUGGCUCAGGCCAUCGCCAGCCUGGCCCAGAAGAACAGCACACAGGUGUCAAAGGAUGGACAAUAGACCGGAAGAGAUGUUAUUUGCUCUUACCAAAAACUUUUAUGCCACUGCACGACACAGACUGUCUGAGUGUGUUUGUUAUAAUCGUUUUUAGAUUGGUCAGGUGGGCACAGUUUUAAGAAUAGUUUGGCCCGUCUGAACUCUGUAGACAGCAGAUGUAGCAGUUCAAAAACAGGACAUAUGAUGAGACAUAAACUCACAAAUCAGAUUUUGUUUACACUGAAAGCAGAUAACAUGCUUUCUCAAAGUUGUCCUUUUCUGUUGAUGCCCCAAUUGAUUUAAUUAUUUUUAUACCUAAAUAUAAGAGUGGAUUAUGUUUGGCUGAUGGUGCAGAAAAACUAAAACUACUCAGAUAUUAUUAAUACAGGCAUUCUACCAUCAGUGUACCACUUAUUGAUAUCUAAUAUCGACCUAUGCAAGAAUAGAACAUGUUAUUUUUUUAUGCGGGCCGUUGGAAUUGAAAACAUCACUAUUAUCAGUGUUCAAGGGAAGUUACACAGGAACACAGUUACACUAAAACACCUUUUCUGUAAAAACAUAGAUAUUUAUUAUGAUUAUUCAUAUAAAGGAAUUCAUAGACAAGCUUAAUGUUAUAAUAAUCUACAUUUCAUCUUUAAAUAAUUUCUUUUGUUAUCCACCAGUAUUAACAACUUUACCAUGUAAUGCAUUCCAAUAAACAAUCCUGCAAUAAAUACUACCUUAUAUUCUGUCCACUAACAGGCAGAGGACAGAAUAUUAAAAACAUUAUCUUUUGACUGUUUCAUGUUUUUUUCCCCCACAUAUAUUGUUAUGAUACUGAUGGCUUAUUGGACAGUUGCUGUGAGUGUAUUUAGAACUAUGAAACUGCACUGCCCUCCAGUGGUGACAGUGUGGAACUGCAGCAUUCAAUGUUUACACGGCUGAUGGUUUUAAUACCAGUAUAAUCAAUAGAAUAUUAAUAAAAGUAAA